AACCGUCAAACAGCAGAUGUUUGACAGCAGCUCUGACACCCACUACGGGCAUAAUCAGGGCUGUGAGACAGCAGUUUCGCGUCGUGGUAGCGACUGUAGUUAGGUUCGUCUUCUAAUUAAGUAAAAGCCGUCUAUCUUUUUUUUAUUUCGCCGUGCUCCCACUGCACCCUUGUAGCCUGAAGAAUCCUGUUUUCAUUUCGAUGGGGGCAGCCAGUAAGGUGAAGGGUGUGGACGGAGAGACGAGAGUGCAUCUGCUCUGCUGCCAAGUUGUUUACCUACCUAUGGAAAAUCCAUCUCAGAUAAAGGAGCACUGGAAUCAUGAGGUAGAAGGGUCCUUUCAUCAGAAUGGCUCACCCAGCUUUGACUCAUGACUAGGAUCAGAAAAUGGUUUCUUGUCAGACACAUGUGAUGCUUAAGUGGCAGGAGCACUUGAACAGCUCCUGGGCUGCAGAAAAUAGUGAGCAAACAGCAACACGAGAAGCGGCUGAUGCUCUUUAUAAAAAACUUUUAAACAACAAAGAAGUUGUGGGGCUUGCACAGCCAGUCCAAGACCUGAUUGGACCCCGACUUCCAGACUUUGAAUUUGAUGUUAGUGUAGUCACAGAAAGGAAAGAAUAUCUUGCUGCUCUUCUUCAAAGUCAGUUUUGCCUAGCUCAGCGCUGCCUAGCAAGUACACCUUUUUCAGUAGCAUUGCACCACAGGUUGGUGGUCCUGCAGCGUAUAUUUUAUGCACUUUAUAGCAAAUAUCAUGACCAGUUUCAUACUGGAUCCCGGGAUGCAACAGCAGAUGUUCGUGAGGACAGAGCCGUGGAGCAGGCAUCCAGCACUUGGGGACAUGGUCAUCGGAUUAAAUCAGGAACGGAUGCCUUGAUAGAGAUGGGUGUGAGAACAGGCCUCACACUGUUUUUCUCCUUGUUGCAGCAGAACUGGUUACAAUCUAAACAAGACCCCAGCUUGGCUCUUUGUAAUGAUGUGCUAGCUACAGCUUGCUCGGUGCUCUCUUCACUACCUCCACUUUCCUUGGCUAAUGAAAACAAGAUUUCGUCUGUGGGACUGGACUGCCUUUCACAAGUUACAGUGUUUCUGAAGAAAACCUCAGUUCCAAGCUCAGGUGUAGAUAGUGUAGGAAGAAAACUUACCCUAGAGCUCUUACUUGGGUUAGCAGUUCAAAGGGGCUCAUUGCGAUUCCUUUUGGAGUGGAUAGAAGUGGCAUUAACAGCAUCUGUACCCACAGCUGGAACAUCAGAUGUUACGUCUGAAGAACAUACACCCGUAAUAGGACAUGACUGCAUUGUCCGAACUUUGACUCAGAUGAGACAGUAUUCGGGCUUCCAUGGAGAAUACACUUGUGAUCUGGAAGUUAAGAAAUCUGCCAACGGAUUGUGCUCGCUUCCUAAUGCAGCUCUUUGUCUUUUUGAGGAGAUAUGUUCAAUGGCUACAAGUUGCUUAUGUUCAUGUAAUAAUGGCUGUAACACUCAAGAAAAAGAAAGCAAAGCAGUUGCUGUCUAUGUCUGGGGUAGUAACAGCAGUCACCAGCUAGCAGAAGGCACUCUGGAGAAGAUCUUGCAACCCAAACUGGCUCAAGGGUUCAGUAACCCUGAAAUGAUUGAAGCAGGACAGUACUGCACAUUUUCAGUGUCUGCAGAUGGCUCGGUCCAGGCUUGUGGAAAAGGAAGCUACGGAAGACUAGGACUGGGGGAUUCUAAUAAUCAAUCCAUUCCUAAGAAGCUGGUACUGGAUCCACCACGAAAUAUUAAAAAGGUUUCAUCUUCAAAAGGCUCUGAUGGACAUACACUGGCAGUCACUAGUGAGGGAGAGGUGUUCAGCUGGGGAGAUGGUGAUUAUGGCAAACUUGGCCACGGAAACAGUGCAACACAGAAGUACCCCAAGCUAAUUCAAGGGCCACUACUUGGAAAGAUUGUGGUGUGUGUGUCUGCUGGUUACAGACAUAGUGCUGCAGUAACUAAUGAUGGAGAGUUGUAUACCUGGGGAGAAGGUGAUUUUGGCAGACUUGGGCACAGUGACAGUCACAGCCGCAAUGUACCAACACUAGUAAAGGAUAUUAGUGGAGUUGGUCAAGUGACCUGUGGCAGCUCACAUACCAUUGCAGUAGCACAAGAUGGACGGGCUGUUUGGUCUUUUGGUGGAGGGGAUAAUGGUAAACUUGGCCAUGGUGACACUAACAGAGUUUACAGACCCAAAUUAAUUGAAGCUCUGCACGGUCUCAGUAUCAGGAAAGUGUGUGCUGGCAGUCAGUCAUCACUUGCUCUUACAUCUGCUGGUCAGGUCUUUUCGUGGGGAUGUGGCUCUUGCCUAGGAUGUGGCUCUUCUGAAAUGACAUCCCUAAAGCCUAAAUUAAUUGAAGAAUUGAGUGUGACAAAAAUUAUUGAUAUAUCAUGUGGUGAAAGCCAUUGCUUGGCCUUGUCUCAUGAGAAUGAAGUGUACGCCUGGGGUAAUAAUGCAAUGGGUCAGUGUGGACAAGGACACACAUCCACCCCUAUUACAAAGCCGAAGAAGGUUAUAGGUUUGGAGGGAACUGCUGUUCAGCAAAUAACUGCGGGCACUUCACAUAGCUUAGCUUGGACAGCGGUGCCUACAGACAGACAACUGGUGGCUUGGCAUCGACCAUUCUGCAUUGAUUUAGAGGAGAGUACUUUUACAUACCUUCGUCACUUCCUAGAACAGUAUUGUGAAAGGAUCGACUCUGAUGUGCCACCACAUCCAUUCACAUCUCAAAGGGAAUAUCAGCAGUUUAUUCUUCUGUGUCUCAAAUUGCUUUCCACUCAUCUGUCAUUGGCACAAGCUGGUGGAACUGGAUCAACUGUACUUGGUGUUCAAGGAAGACCCCUCAGGCAUCUGCUCUUUAGACUCAUUGACUCGAAUGUACCUGAUUCCAUUCAGCAGGCACUGAUGAUUACACUUUCUGCUGGUGCUUCACUGCUGCUGCCUCCACUCAGGGAGCGAACUGAGCUUUUGCACUCACUUCUACCUCAGGGUCCAGAGAGCUGGGAUAGCCUUUCCAGGGGGCAGAGAAUGCAGCUAGACAUGGUCCUUAACAGUCUGCAGGAGCAGUCUCAUGUUGCGUCUUUACUUGGAUACAGUACACCUUCAGAAUCAACAUCCGGUGCUUCUCAUGCUUCUGCAGUGGAUCAGCCUUUUGAUUGCUCAGGGAUCAAUAACCACUUUUACUUGUCAGAAGUACUUCUGAAGACUCUUCUGUUAAAUAUUGGCUUUUACACUGAUCGUGCAUUUGGUGAGCUAGAGAAGAACAGUGACAAACAGCAAAAUAGCAUAGUGCCUACCCAAAGUGAUCCACCCACUCACUUUCAUCAUCUGCUAUCUGCCAUGCAUAGACAUCUGCUAGCCCACUGCUACAUGAGUUCUGAUGCAAAAGAUCAUGGCAGUGUAAUGCUACUUCAUAAACACCUCUUUCUGUUACUACCUUAUGCUGCUGAAACAUUUAAGAGGGCAACAAUACUGUUAGAGGAGAGUACAACAGAUAAGCAUGUCAUCAAAAAGCUUCAUGCUGUACUGUUUAGCUCUGCAGCAGGAAGCAUUUUGUGCCAGAUAAUAUAUUCUCUCUUGCUGCUGUCACCAAGCAUUACAAGACCAUUGCUGCCUCACCUUCUUUCUCUACUGGAACAUAUUAAUGAGCUAAGCUGUUUUUUACCUGAUAUGGGACUACUAGAAGAGUUUGAACUGGGGCAGACACCUCUGGAAUCUUCUGGUAACUCUGACACACUAAAUGGAUUGCUGCCUAUGUCUGAGACAUGGCAUUGGUUGCUUGAUUUGGAAAGAUCAGUGGCACUUUUAGUUGGACGUUGUUUAGGAGGAAUGCUACAAGGUCCUCCACUUUCAGAACAAGAAAAAGCAACAGAGGUCUGGCUGAAUAACCCACUUUUACAAAAUGGCCUGGAAAUGGAUGGAGAACAGCUGGGCUCCUUGAUGACAAGGCUGAUUGAAAAAACACUGUCAAGUGGUGCUGAAUCAAAGCCAGUGGAUGAGAGUUUGUCUGAGGAAAUCUGUGUUCUGGUUGAUAUAGCACUAGGAAUCCAUAGGGAGCCAGCACAUGGGAUCUGGAGGAAGAUAAAGGACUAUGCUAUUAGCAGAGAAUGGGAGAUUGGAAGUGAUGUUAGAGAUGUCCAACUGGAUUCAGUCACCAGAUUUGUGUUAGCUGCUUUGUUGAAGCAUUCUGGUUUUAAUAAGGAAGCCUACUGGGAAGAAAGGUCUGAACCAUCAGAGAAACUCCGUGAAGUCUAUCAGAUUGUGUACAAUGUCCGUACUGCCUUGUUGUCCAUUAAAAGCUCAGAAGAAAGCAGCGCUGAUGUUCAGACAGUGUCUCAGCCUGUUCAGUUUCCUUGCGAAGUGGACGAGGAUGGAAGUAAGGGGAUAUCUUCUGAAAAUGCAGACAGAGUGGUGAAAGAACAAGAUCAUCAUCCCAACAGCAAUAUUGAGACUGCAGAACACAAUCAAGAGGAAGAAGCCCCCAGCAUCAGUAAAGUUUUACAGUGCUUCCUGGCUACCCGUGAGGCCAUGCAUCUUCAUGAGAAUGAAACUGUGUAUGAAUCCUCAGGGACAAGCACCCAUCCUAGCAGUAGUGAGACACCUAGUACUCCUGAGACUGAAGUAACCCCUCUUCAGGAUUUGACAAAACGACAAAUUUCAAAUGAUGGCCUUUGUUUUUCCUCUGCUUGCCACACCAUCAUUUCCCGCUGUGCCUUUCUCAUAUUGGGAGUAAGAGCAGCAUGCCAAGAAAGAGAAGAGCAUUUUAAAGUGAAUGGAAAGAAAUUCAUAAAAAGGAAACCAAGUCCAAAACUGGAACGAAGCUCUUCAGUUAAUAAACCUGGAUUACAUCAGCAUCAUGAUUAUGGAAGUAUGUCACAGAAACAGUUUUCAGAGACCAGAAUUCAAUCUAGAUCUGCAAAACACAAACUUGGUUUACCUUUAUGUUCACUGGGAAUUAUGAAGGAUGCUUGGGAAAGACUUCGACAGUGUAUUCAUCCUUCACCAAAACUCAGUGCAGAGUCUAGUUCUUCUGUACUUAGUCAUAUUUUCCAGUUCCUAUGUGGAAGUAUACUGAAAACAUCAAAUCCAGGCUUACUAGAGAAAGACCAAAUUGAUCCUAAAGCAAUCAUCUCUGCUAUGAUGCAGCAGCAACAGCGAGCUGAGUUCCGUUUAGAAGCACUCUGUCAAAUCUCAUCCUUCCUGUCAGAGGUGGAAUACAAGACCUGCAACUCCCAUGCACCUCCGAGGUUUCCAGGACUCCUGCUGACUGCUCAACUUCAGUUUCUUUCUGGAUGUUUUGGAUUAGGAAUUCCAUUAACAGCUACCAUGACUGGCAAGGAACAAAAAAUGAAGCACUACACCUGUGGCACAGGCUCUGCCCAAGUAGAAAUAAAAAAUGAACUACAAGCUGCAGCACACACACUUUAUCAACAAUUGGUUGAUGCUCUUGACAGGCGAAUUCUGGCUGAGAGAGAGCUUUCAGGAUGUUCUCAGCUUCUACUGCUUGCCAUACUAUUUGCUUUGAAUUUUCAAUAUCAGGCUUUGGACUUAAUUGUUGUUAUCAAGAGUGGCCUCUUGGAAAUAUUGUCCAAACUCACUGACAACUCCUGGGUCUCAUUGCACUAUUACUGGUUUCCUGCUACAGCUUCUGGUCCAGUGCAGCUUGAUGCAGCUGUCAAAGUUGCUGCAGCAAGGUCACUUCAGAUACUUGCCAUUACAUCUGGCUCAUGUGCAGAUAUUCUUCCAGUGGAAAUUGUUCAAGCAUUGAUGGAUGUGAUGUGUUUACAGCUACAGAGCCUACUGCAGUUGCUUUACGAGAACAAAAUCAAUGAAACGGAAAAAGGCCUAGAGCAUAGAAUAUUUGAAGACAAGGAGCAAGAAAAAAAAUGUGUCAAGAGCAGACAUAUUGUUGAAUCACAGCUUGCUGACUUUUUAGUAUUCCUUCGUCGUAUUAUCUCAGCAAAUAGCAGCAAAAGAAGCUCUGCGUUUAUCAGAUGGGUAGAUCCUCUUACAACAAUCAUUUUCCAGAAAACUGCAUCAGGUGUUCCACUAGUUAAAAAUCUGAGAGCCAGAUUAUUGACCUUUCAUAUUUUUGAGGCUUUGCUUCCAGUUUGUUCAGAUCCGUCACAGAUUAAGCAGCUUGUAGAUAAGCUGUUUGGGCUGCUGUCUGCAUGCAUGUGGGAAGAGCCCUUUGCCAUCAACAAAGAACUGGAAAAUUCAUUGAAAAAUUCUCAGCAGAUAUCUGAAAAUGAAGAAGAGUGUGUUCCAAUUGGAGAUUUCUCUUUUGAUCCUGAUAAACUGAUCUGUUGCACUAUGGAAAGUGGGAAUAUUUUGGCUCAUGGAUCAGGAGGAAAGGGAUAUGGGUUAGCCACCACAGCUAUAACAUCAGGCUGUUUUAUUUGGAAAUUUCAUAUCACUAAAGAAAACAAAGGCAAUGAAGGCACCUGCGUUGGGGUUUCUCGUUGGCCCAUUAGAGACUUUAACCAUCGCACAACUACAGAUAUGUGGCUUUACCGUGCAUAUAGUGGCAGUUUAUAUCAUGGAGGUGAACUGGGCCGAGCUUUAUCAUCUUUCACCCAAGGAGACACGAUCACAUGUAUAUUGGACAUGGAAGCCAGAACUAUUUCAUUUGCAAAGAACAAUAAGGAACCAAAAUUGGCUUUUGAGGAUGUGGAUGCCUCAGAACUAUACCCUUGUGUGAUGUUUUAUAGUAGUAACCCUGGCGAAAAGGUAGAACUGCGUGAUUUGCAAAUGAGAGGCAUACCUCAUGACCUGUUGCCAGGAGACCCUCUCUGUAGUCCCUACCCUACAGUGCUCUUGGAGGCAGCCAUUCAGCUUAUUCGUAGGCUCUAUCAUAUUGACAAUUGGACUGUGCACAUCAAUAAAUAUAUGCAAGCAAGACUGGAACUGAUUGGCCCAAUAGUGAAUGGAGGAGCAAAUGAAAAACUGAACACAUCACAAAGAACAGGUCUUUCAAAGAAAAUAUCUCUUGAUGAGAAGGAUAAAUUACCAGAUGAACAAUUUACAAACGUAAUAGAGGCUAAAGCUCCAGCAGUUUCAGAGCUGUCUGAGUCUCAGCUAAUGGCUCUCUGCUGUAAGGUCUGGCCAGUAUUAGCUGUGAUUGGAGGAGUGGACAGUGGACUGCGGGCUGGAGGCCAGUGCCGUCAUAAGUCAAGUGGUCGGAUAGCCACACUUUUAGGAUCUUUGAAAGCUGGAAGUACAUGUGCUAAGCUGCAGUGGGAGGAGACAGAGGUUUCUAUCAGCUUCCUGAAUUCUUGGUCACCCAGCGAUACCCCACUUUCCUCCCUGGAGCCCUGUGAAAUGCCUCAGAUGGACAUCACUAGAUUCAAAGGAGUGAAACCCUGUGUCUUGUUAGAUUUGGUCUAUCUAACAGGAGUGCUGGAAGAUGAGGAGAAGCACAAUCGACAGCCAUCUAAAAAUAAUAGCUUAGAUGGUGAUCAGAAGUGUGAUCUGGAAAAGAGACUUGAUGAAGAUAUUGCAAGGAUCAUGCAAGCAGAAGAUGAGGGCUUAAAGGCAGCCUGUCCAUAUACAGCAGACAGAUUUGGUAUUGUGAACGAUGAAGCAAUAUUCACAGAUGAAUCAGUUUGUGGAAAAGGUGAACUGAUUGAAAACAUGCAGAAUCAGACUGACUCUGAAGUUACUUUGCAGGAAAGGAGACAGUGCGAGCUGUUAUCUUCUGAAUUGUGUGCAAUACAGUCAUCCUACCUGAUGCUUGGAGCACUCAAGACUUUAGCUGUCAUGCUGAACUGCUGCAAAUUUGCUGACAUGCUUUCAGUAUCAAGAUUUGAAGCAAGUAGUCAAAGCAUACUUGAAAAAACAAAAAGCCAGAUUACAAUGGAAAGCAGGGAGCUGCGUACUGUUCUUCAGUUCAUAGUGCAGAGCAUGGUAAAGUGGGCUAUGCAGACUUGUCCAAUAAAGAAUGCUUCUCUUUCUGACUUGGAGCGAUCACAGGUGAUGAUCUAUAAGGGAGCAUUGAACAGGCUACAGGAAGACUGUGACACAAAAGAUCAUUGCAAAGAUUCUGGAAGUUUCCCUCAUCCUCCAUCUCAGGCGAUGUCCAAAUCUUCAAGUACAAUGUCUCUGUACAGCAAUGGGUCAGAUGGUAAUGCCACAUUUAGCAUGUCCAAUGGAGCUUCAGCAUCUUCCUCCAGUAAUGAUUUGGCGGCUUCCCUGUUAUCAGCACUGCAGGCUGAUGGAUUAGAAAAUUUUAAUCCCUUCCUCCCUAUUAAUCUUCUCCAGCGAAUGGUGCUAGCACGGUUUCCCACACUGUCUGGACUGCUUAAUAACCCUGGGUUGCCUUCUGGCUUCAACAUGGCAAGCUCUGCUUCAUGCGAAGGCUUUUCAGAACAGCAGACAAGCUUUCUAAGUGCACGUGUAAUGGGGAGUAAUCAGACUGAAAGAUCUGAAACAUUUGUUCCUACGCGCUUGCUCGAAAUGGGCUUCACUGCUGGACAUAUUUACAAGGCUAUGGAUGCCACAGGUGUUGCUGAUGAUUCAGAUUCACAUUCAAUUGAAACAUUAGCUAGCUGGAUGCUAGAGCACCCAUUCACUGAAGACCCACAGGUGUUUGAAUACCCUUCUGUGGAGAUUUCCGGUGAAGGUGAAUGUGUUAGUCCAGAGCGUCCAGAUCCCUCUGAGCAAUAUGAAUACCCUUCAUCCUCCCAUGAUAGAAACGAGUCUAAUGAAAGCUUAGUUGUUGGAUUAGAUCAGGUGGAAAGAGAACAUUUCCUUGAUGUUCAUCUUACCAGAAAUAGACCUCCUCCAGCUCGCAGACAACGUAACAGCUUAGUGCAAAGGUCAAUUCUUAGAAGAGCUGAUUCUCCUUCCCCCCAUCUGGUGAUGCCUGUAUUUGAUAAUGAUCAAGUGGACUGGGCAGAGAGAGCAGAAACGCACCCUUUUCCUGCUGAGGAAGAGGCAGAAUUAGGAUUUAUGGAUGAUCCACAACCAGAAGAAUCCUAUGAAGAGAUAUAUACCCCAGAGUUUUCUAAUGCUGAAAGGGACACCUUGUGGAUGGUUGAGGAAGGAGAGAAUCAGCAAGGGACGACAGAGAUGGUGGAGUGUGAACUCUGUGAAACUUUGACAUUACAGUUUAAUAGCCAUAUGAAAAGGUACCAUCCUGGAUGUGGACAAAAUGCAGGCCACCGUGGAUAUCGUAGCUAUGGCUCAUAUGUUGAUGGCUGGUUUGGGGGAGAGUGUGGCUCAGGAAGUCCUUAUUACCUCAUGUGUAUAAACUGCAGAGAAAAAUACCUUGCUGCCAAAUCAGGAGGCAGCCACAGCAAAAUUAGCAAAAUAAAGAUCUUGGCCUCUGAUUUGAUUGGAAAAGCAGAUAAUAGUUUUGAUGAGGAAUGUGAGCUGCUUGACAAAGAAAACAAAGGUAGACUUACAGGACUAGAGGAAUUUGGAUUUCUUGCUGAGCGAUUUGGACUGGGAGAGAAAAAACUCAUUCCUGAUGCAGUCCCUUUCAUAGAACAGGAUCCAUUGGGUUCCUCGUUUACUAGAGCUAUGAACCCUGACCAUAUGUACCUUCUUAAAGAUCCUCGUGCUGUGGAAGACAAUUUAUCUACUAGAAAUCUAACACUGGGAGAGCAGGCCAGUGCUCUUAGGAAUCCCAAGGAUCGUCUACUAGCUCUUAAACGGAUUGUGUGUGCUACUCAAAUUGUUCUAGCACACAGAAUUGUUCUGAAUGCUUUAUCACGAAUUUCUGCAAGUAAUUUUGCAUGUAGCCAAUUCACAGAUUUGGAAGCCCUUGGCCUUGCAAAUAUUCGAACUUUAGUAAGGUUAAUGUGCCUUUCAGCAGCAGGAAGAGUCCAUACCAACUUGGAAGGUUUUCGAUUUGGCCAUGGUUCAGCAUUUCUUACGUUUCUCACUUCAGCCAUUGACACCUUAAUAUCAAAUAGCCCCUCUGCAUACCGAGAGCUGGUUGAUAUAUGUACACAGGACCUGAUCUCUGCAGCGGCAGGACUGAAUAUUGGGGCAAUUAGUGACCCACAGCAGAAAAAACGCAGUGGUUCAUCUUUUAAGGGAUCAACAAAACAGACCAAAGAUAAAGCACCUUCGAUGUUCUUGGUUACUCAGGCAUUGGUUGUGCUGCUUACAGAAAAGGGAAUUCGUCAUAGGGGCCAAGAGAAGCAAGAGAUGGAGCCUAAAGACACCUGUGGUACAUCAAGUUCAGGAAGUGUUACAUUACAUACAACAACAAGGGUUGGUUCUUUAGAGUUGGUCAAUGCUCUUGCUGCUUGUUGUCUGUCUGCUAGACUGACCAGUAAGCAUCGUCAAUGGUCAGCCCAGCAGCUUGUUCAGGCCCUGGCUUCUUCAGAAAAAGAAAAUCCCAUCAAGCCUCAGACCUAUGCUGAUACUGUUGGAGACCUUCGCAAAUGUCCCAUUUUCAAGCUGGAAGCACAUCAUAAUAGGGUGACUAAAUGUAGUUGGAGCAAUGCAAAAGGCUUGCUUGGAACAAGUUCAAUGGAUGGUACAAUUCGUCUGUGGAGUAUUACUAAGAAUAGUCGAGAACUGUACAGCACACUUAGCACUACUACAGGUGAUAACAAAAGCUCAGAUGUAGAAUCUGGAACUGAAAUGUCUUCAUUUAGCUGGAGUGCUAGUGGGUGUUUUCUUGCUGCUUUUCAAGAGAAGGUUGUCAACAUCUGGGCUAUAAAUGGGUCACUCUUCCAUGCUGUGGGCCAGCAUUCUAUGGUUACAGCUCUCUCUUGGGAAGACACUGUUACUCUUUACUCCAGAGAGCAGACAGCUGAAAACCUGUUAGUCGGAAGACUGGAUGGUUCCCUUUGCUGGAUAGAAGUAACAGAGUCUUUUAACACAACCGUUACUGAAUUAGCCUACUGUCAAAGAAGUGAUGCUGUUUUGUGCAUUGCUUGGCAUAGUUUGGAUAAACCAUUUGCUGCUGGAUACCCUGAUGGAAGCAUACUAAUCUCUACAAUUAAGCCUUAUGAGACGGAGAGUCCAACUAUCCUUCCUGCAUUUUCUGAGAAAAUUAUGGGAUUGAAAUGGGAUCCUACAGGACAUUUGUUGCUAUCAGUUUCUAAAACUGAAGUAGUAAAAAUCUGGGGUCGGGUGGGCAACACAUGGCUUACUCUUCACUCCCUUUUUCAUACAAGUCUGGUCAAUACAGCUGUAUGGUGCCCACUGCCAGGAAUGGGAUGUGACCCCAAACUCAUGCUAGCUGUAGGUUGUCAAAGUGGUCUUUUGCGUGUGUGGACAGUGCCACAAGGUGGUACUCUGGUUUCACUGCCAAACCUUGUAAGCAACACUCAAAACCGACAGUUCAGAGAGGGCCAACGAUUGAGCGGAACUACUUGUGUAUUUACAUUGAAUGGUCACGUCACUGCAGUGAAGUCUGUAUGCUUUAGUUCAAAUGGAAUGAUCCUGCUCUCUGGAGGAAUUGGUGGUCUCAUUAAUAUUUGGUCUCUUCUGGAUGGUUCACUUCUACAGUCAGUGGUAACAGGCUUGGGUUCGGUAAUAAGCACUGCCUGGAUCCUCGAUAUUGGCAUAGCUGCUUGUUGUGGAAGAUCAAAGGAUGUUCUAUUAAUUCGGUGCACCCCAGACUGGAUCACUCAGAACCAUAUUCUGGCCUCUUGCCGUAUGACUCUUCGUUCUCAAGGAAUUGUGGGUUUGAACAAGGCCCCGUGUAUAACUGUCUUUUUAGAGAGACUGCCCAUGCUUCUUCAGGAACAGUACAUCUAUGAAAAGUGUCAUAUAAAUGCUGGGGAUCAACUGGUUCAUAGCGCCUUUCUCCAGAGUCUAGCCUCUCUGGCUGUGGGACUUGGUUUAGAUGAGUUGCUAUGCAGGAGACACGCUCCUCCUCAUCAUCUGAACCGUGAUUUUGAUUUGAACUCAGCUGAGUGGGGAUGGCUUGCUACAUUUUCAACCACGAUAAAGAGCGCAGAAGCUUUGGCCAAAGGAACUGCUUUCCCUGAAUCAUUCCCUAUUCUGGACAUCAAGCAAGAUACAGAUACAGAGACUAUGUUAUGUCUGGUAAAAGAUAACAGUAAAUGGAGCUCUGUAAUGGAUGAACAGCUGAUGACCUGGGCUACAGUCAGACCUGAGGAUUGGCAGUUGGGUGGAAAAACAGACGUUUACCUCUGGGGUGCAGGACGUCAUGGACAGCUUGCUGAUGCUGGACCAAAUUUGGUGGUGCCAGCUCUUGCUCCAUGUCUGUCACAGGCACAGCAGGUUGUCUGUGGACAAAACUGUACAUUCCUAGUUCAGGCUAAUGGGACAGUGCUUGCUGUUGGUGAAGGUAGUUAUGGGAGGCUUGGCCAAGGAAAUUCUGAUGACCUUUAUACUCCAACUAUUAUCUCAGCCUUGCAGGGUUAUGUGGUGACCCAGCUUGUGACAUCAUGUGGGUCAGAUGGUCAUUCCCUUGCACUCACAGAAAGUGGGGAGGUGUUCAGCUGGGGAGAUGGAGAUUAUGGAAAACUGGGACAUGGAAAUAGUGAAAGGCAACGGAGACCUAAACAGAUAGAGGCUCUUCAAGGAGAAGAGGUGGUGCAGCUCGCUUGUGGGUUCAAGCACUCAGCAGUGGUAACAGGUGAUGGAAAAUUGUUUACAUUUGGGAGUGGUGAUUAUGGACGAUUGGGACAGCGAUCAACUUCAAACAAGAUGCUGCCCGAGAGGGUGUUGGCCCUGGAAGGUUAUCACAUUGGACAGGUUUCUUGUGGCUUGAAUCACACUUUGGUAGUAACAUCUGAUGGCACAACUGUCUGGUCAUUUGGAGAUGGAGAUUACGGGAAACUGGGAAUAGGGCCUUGUACUGUUAAAUGCUAUCCACAGAAAGUGGAACAGCUAUGUAAUAAAAGCGUAAAAAAAGUUGCUUGUGGGACUCAAAUUUCAGUAGUGCUCACCAAAGAUGGACAUGUAUACACUUUUGGACAAGAGCGCCUCUUAGGUCUACCAGAUUCAAUGCUGAAGAACAACAGUUAUCCACAGAGGGUGCCUGCUUUGGAAAGUGACUUUGUAGAUGAUAUUGCCGUUGGAUCAGAACACAUUCUUGCACUGACUUCCAGGGGAGAUGUCUUUGCAUGGGGGUGCAACUCAGAAGGCCAGCUGGGCCUGGGACACACAAACUCAGUGAAAGAGCCAACCUUGGUAAUCACUCUUCAAGGAAAAGGCAUACAGCAGAUAUCGGCCGGGCGCAGUCACAGUGCCGCCUGGACCACCCCGCCUCAAGCUGCUGGAGCUCCAGGGGUUCCAGCCCCUGUGCAGCUUGGUCUUCCUACAGCUGUUCCACCACAAUUCAAUGUUUUGAAAGAUUACAGUCCAGAAGUUCUCCGCAGGCGGCUCAUGAUCUUAUACCAGUUCUCUGAUUUAAUGUAUAAGUCAUGGAGGCUGCUUAACCUCAACCCAAGGAACCAAAUUCCAGGUUCACAGUACUGUUCAGGGACGUCAGCAGUUGUGCAAGGCCAAUUAAGAGGCCUCCUCUCCCCUAAGGUGAAUACACUUCCGCUGGUCCGUUCGAUCGGAAGAACUAUGGUACAGGGGAAAACCUAUGGACCUCUUAUUACCGUGAAGAGAAUUUGUACAAGGGGGCGCUCCAAUAAGCCCAUUUUUAUCCAGAUUGCCAAGCAAGUGGUCAGCUUGAAUCCCUCUGAACUUCGAUUGCCCUCAAGAGCAUGGAAAGUAAAGCUGGUGGGCGAAGGAGCCGACGACGCGGGAGGAGUGUUUGAUGACACCAUAACAGAGAUGUGCCAGGAGCUGGAGACGAGUGUCGUGGAUCUGCUCAUUCAGACUCCAAAUAGCAUUGCCGAUGUUGGCAGCCACACAGACAGGUUUUUGCUAAACCCUUCUGCCUCUUCAGAGGAUCAUAUGGUUCAGUUCCGGUUUCUGGGAAUUCUCAUGGCCGUUGCUAUCAGAACUAAGAAGCCACUUGACCUCCACUUAGCACCCUGGGUGUGGAAGCAGCUCUGCUCAAUUCCACUAAACAGCCAGGAUUUUGAAGAUGUGGAUCUUCUGAACUUUCGCAGCUUACAAGGAAUCCUGCACUUGGAGAAUACGGACAUCAAUGAAGAAAACUUCCCUGUGAUGAUUCCCUUGGACACUUUUGUCACACACAGUGCUAACGGCAAACUGGUGCCUGUCAUUCCUGGUGGAGAUCAGAUCCCUUUGACAUUUACAAACAGGAAGGAGUACGUGGAGCGAGCAGUCAGUUAUCGUCUGCAUGAAAUGGAUCAGCAGGCAAUAGCAGUACGAGAAGGCAUGUCCUCCAUCAUCCCUGUGCCUCUCCUCUCGUUACUUACUGCAAAGCAGCUGGAGCAGCUCGUCUGUGGGAUGCCCGAGGUCUCCGUGGAGACCUUAAAGAAAGUGGUGCGCUACCGGGAUAUUUCAGAUAGCCAUCAGAUGAUCAGCUGGCUGUGGAAGACACUUGAGGAAUUCACAAAUGAAGAGAGAGUUUUGUUCCUCCGCUUUGUAUCGGGACGCUCAAGGCUGCCUGCAAACACCACUGAUAUCACGCAGAAAUUCCAAAUCAUCAAAGUUGACAGGCCCCUCAAUGGCCUACCAACAGCACAGACCUGCUUCUUCCAGCUGCGACUCCCACCCUACACCACCCAGAGCAUUAUGGCUGAACGACUGCGAUACUCCAUCCACAACUGCCCCUCCAUAGAUAUGGACAACUAUAUGCUUUCUCGGCACACAGACGUGACUGAUGGUUCAGAUGCAGAGUAUUAAAGAGAUGAAGUCCAAUAAGAGAUUCUGCAAAUAAAUGAAAACAAAUUUCAUGUGUCCGAGUUUUAAAAAAAUAAAAAAUAAAUCCUUGUAAACUGCAAUUCCACUAAAUAUUCCCAAUUUUAUGGCAAGUCAACAGGAAACAAAAGCAAAAAAAAGCACAAACAUGCAAUGGACAAGCAAAAAGAUCAACAAGAAGAUCUGGAUCAAUGCUGCCUUUUAGAAGAAUCACAAUCAAGAUCCGUCAGCUUUUGAAUAUUCUGUAACACUUUUGUUGUUUGCCUAACAAGAAGUGGUUGCCUGUCGUGUUUUGUAAGGUUUGUGAAUUUUAGUAAAACAAACUGUAUUGGACAGCGGGAAUGAAGCUGGACCCUGAAUCAUCUUUUCCAAGUUUACUACAUACGUAGUUCAGUGGGUCGUGAAGGGGGUCUUUAGAAUGGACAAUACAAGACGGGAUACGGAUUCUCUACUAUUGUUGUCUUCUUCAAAAGGUCAAAAAUUAUUAAUGGUUGGACAACUCAAACAGUCUUUUAAAUCGGCAAUAGCGGAGGUACAUCAUGAGAGAGACUAGACCUUUUAAAUAUUUUAAAUUGUGAUGAUGACUUUGUUGAUUCAGGAUACAAGUUUGAAAAGUAUUGGCUGUGUUAACAUUAAGCUUUAUUUUGCACAUUUAAUUAUGAUGCACCCACCUCUAUAUCUAAAGAAUUAUGGGCGUUAAGUUGUGGUCUACAUUAAAAUGUUCACUCCGAUGGAAUUAAAACCUUGGAAUAUUUGCAUGGAAGAAGCCUACAAUUCAUAGCGGAGUGAGCCUACACUGCACCUAUUGCACCUGCCAAAGGGCAGAACGCUGCAAACAAAGGUUUUAAAACACAGGAGGAGCUCCGAUUGGUUUAGUGUAAAGCAAAUGUCUCCCCUCCAUGUUCAGAACUAUACAUUUUUGCUGUGAGUUUAAAGUGCAUUAAAUAAAAACAUUCAGAAUUCA